AUUCAUUCAAACAUCUUCUCAUUGUAACGACUAGCAAAAAAGGAAAGAAAGAAAUCAAGUUCAGAGGGCUUUCAUAAUUUACUCAUCAUGGACAACAAAUUUCAAGCUAACUUCACACGUUCUUAUGAAGAUUUCGAGCCUGUAUUCAACUGGGUCAGAGAAGAAGGACUAGACACACUUGUGCUUCAUCUUCCUGGUUUUAAAAAGGAACAACUUCGAGUACAAGUAGAUUCUCAGGGUAACAUGAAGAUCUCAGGAGAAAGACCCUUGGAAGAAAAAAGAUGGAGUCGAUUCCGCAAAGAUUUCCAAGUACCAACCAGCUGCGAUGUAAAUGAAAUCCACGCAAAAUACAUCGGUGGGCUUCUCUACGUGAAGUUCCCAAAGAAUAUCACUCAAGUCACACCACACGAUCAAUCUGCAUUUUCACCGCAACAAACUGCCAAUGGUGAAAAAUAUGCUGAUGAAAAAAGACCCGCUAAAGAUCAAGUAACGAGCAGCGGUAACAUGAAUAAUGGUGGGAGAAUUAGCGGAACCUCCACUGGUCAAAAUAAUGGCAAUGGCGGGGUUUGUAAUUUAGCGAUGCAUAAAAAUCCAGUUGGAUUUUUUGGGACGUUGAAUAAGCAUAGGAGAUUGGUUUUAGGGGUGACCGUGGUGGCGACGGCAAUGGUGGCUAUUGGUGUUUACGUUGCUUGUAGACUCUCUUCAUCUUUUGGAGAAGAUGCAAAUGUGAACUAAUCAAGCCUUGUAAUUUAAUUUGCAUGAUUUUAUAAAUUGAAAAAUAAUACUAAUAAAAGUGAAUUUUAAUUCA